GAGCAGAUCAGGGAACAGUUGGAGUUCUACUUCAGCGACUCCAAUCUUCCGCGAGAUACCUUCCUGAUGAACAAGAUCUCCGAGGACCCGCAGGGGUGGGUCUCGCUUGGGCUGAUCGCAAAGUUCAAGAGGUUGUCAAUGAUGGGAGCGACGACGUCGAUGAUGAUCGAUAGUGUGAGGGACUCUAAGACGGUGGAGGUGAACGCGGAAGGAACAAUGAUACGGAGGACUUCUCCGAUACCG